AAUUACAACCUACUCAUGACGUCUUCAUUUUUUAUUUUAUUUCUGCAGAUUUGCUGCGCUCGCCCAGAGAGGAUCAGGUGGCAGGAGACUGGGGAUGGUAACAUUCCUCAAAAUGCUAUUGUAGCUGGUAACACAGCUAAUGGAGAGCCUCUGUAUGUUGGCAGGGCUAGGGAGCAAGGAUCAUUGACACCUGGAAAGGUACAUCCCAGCCACAAAGUGCUGUACAUCUCAUUCGCCGGUAAAGAAGUACCACACAAAGUAUAUGAAAUACUUUGCGCCGCAUAAAUAUAGAUAAAUAAUAAAUGUUGUCUAUCUAUGUACACCGUAAAUUUUGUGUAAGAUUUUACAAUAUUAUACAUGUUUGUACUAGUUUUUAAAGAACAAGAAAAGUAUGAAGUCUGCUUUGUCGAAAGACAAUAAAAUGGUCUGAUAUUUCGCUAGGAGCUCAUUGGAUAAAUUUAUAUGGAUACGAAUGUUUAAAGAUCUAUGUAAUGUAAUGUAGGAGUCUCAAAAGUCUCAAUUUCUUUUUGUUUUUUUUUUUUGUUAUAUUUUUAUACUUUGUAAUAUUGUAUUUGAUUUGAGAUAGAUAUUAUUGUGAUUGUACUUUUAAUGCUGUUUGUUAUUAGCAUUUACUCUUUUCUUAUGUGUACCGAUGUACUUAUUCCGAAUUAGUGAGGAAUAAAUGGAUGUUUCAAUCA